CUAGAUGAUGAGCGCAGACCUCGGCUGAGGCUGCGAAACGCCGGGCGAGGCCCGUCCCUCGGAACCCGCAAGCAAACAGCUAGGCUGGGAAGUCCCAGUCCCAGUCCCAGUCGCCGCCUCCGCCUCCCGCCGCGCCUUUUGGCACGUCAAAGUCUAGUUGCGGAGCGCCCCUUGGGAAGGAUCCCUCCUCGCCAAGCGGCCGCCCUCGGGGGCCAUGCGCGCCUCUCCUCCCGGCCCUCUGCAGCGCUGUGGGAGUCGCGCACGUCUCCUCUUCCCAGACCGAGUCGCCGAGAGAGCAGCGGUGGCCCCAAUUCCUCUUGCGCCUGCACUCUCGUCGAGCUUCGUGAAGUCAGCGGUCUGAAUUUGAGCCGGGGAGGUUGGAGCAGCAAACGGGCUCUCACCACCUCGCUCUCAGCCCAGUCUUGUUUUUACGUGUGGAAGGAAGAACACCCAUCGCCUCCGCCCCCUGCUUGAGUUCAGGUACAGAGCAGGGCAUUGUCCUCAAGGCCCAAAGCAGAUACAUGGCUGAUAAGACCUGAAAAGGAUGCAGGUGAUUUCUCGGCUGUUCUUAACUCUGGUCAUCCUGUGCGCCUGCUCCAUCCUGUACAUCUUGCUCUGCCCUCACUUCUGUGUCUCGUUGUGUUGGCUUGGCUGCCGUCACCUGGAAGAGCAAGAAGGAGUCGUCCCAGCUGUGCCUGGAGCUGCCCAGUUUGAGGGUUACAUCAGCGUCCCUGAUGGGAAGCCAUUGGCUCGAGUGCCAUGUCGCCAGUGUGCUGUGGUAUCAAGCUCUGGGCAGAUGCUGGGUUCGCGUUCUGGGAAGGAGAUUGACGAGAAGGAGUGUGUCCUGCGCAUGAACCAGGCCCCCACCCAGGGUUACGAGGAGGAUGUGGGUGGCAGGAGCACCAUCCGGGUCGUUUCUCAUACCAGCAUCCCCUUGCUCUUGCGGAACCAGAGCUAUUUCUUCAAGCAGUCCCGGGACACAGUCUAUGUUAUCUGGGGUCCCACCAGGCUGAUGAGCCGGGAGAAGGUGGGCUUGGUCUACCGGACCCUCCUAAAGGUGAAAGAGAUGUACCCGAGCCUGCACCUCUACACGCUGACUGACCGGAUGAUGGUGCACUGUGAUGAGCUCUUCCUGCUGGAGACAGGGAAGAACAGGAUGAAAUCUGGCUCCUUCCUGAGCACAGGCUGGUUCACAAUGGUUUUGGCGAUGGAGUUAUGUGAGGAGAUCUUCGUCUUUGGCAUGGUCAGCGAGAACUAUUGCAGAGACAGAAGCCAGCCCAUUGUGCCUUACCACUACUUUGAAAAGGGCAGGCUAGAUGAAUGCAAGAUGUACCUGGCCCAUGAAAGAGCCCCCCAUGGUGGGCAUCGUUUCAUCACAGAGAAGGCCGUCUUUUCUCGCUGGGCAAAGAAAAGGAACAUUGUCUUCACUCACCCUUCGUGGCCAGAUGGGUAGGUGAGGCGAGCGGCAGGCCACCCAUGGUGCUCUUGUUUUGGUGUUUUCUACAAAUUCGAUCUUCAGAUGUUUGUGACGGAAGCCAUAUUUGUCACUGUUUGGUUCUGCACAAAGUGCUGGCUCCUGCGAUCGUGGUUUUCAAAGGGGAAUGAGGCAUCAGGAUGCAGAGCAGACAACGCAGGGCCUCUUCCAUUUCCCUUGACCAUGUAUUUCUAAACUUCCGGUCAAGAGGCAAGGAGUUUUUCUCCUCUUUCUGAACACGUGAGUGGAAAGUACUUGUCAUUGGUAGGUGGGAAACACUUUGGAAUUAUUAUUAUUUUUGCAAAAGUGGACGGAUGGAAACAUUUCAAAUAUUAUAGUGUAUAUUUAAGCAAUCCUCACAAGUGUUGGAUUGUUACGGCCUACUUCACCGAAUUAUGUAUUCUGUGCUUGACACAUCGUGUGAUGAGAAGCAUACCUGGAUUAGACAGCAACGUUCUCUAAUGCUGGAGAUCCCAGGUAGUUUACCUGAUAAAAGCCCCACCCCCUGAGUUAAUGGGAUCUUGGGAAGCAGGUGAGGGGGAAGUAGGCAAUCUGUUUUGGCGAUAACUGUUCCUUUGUUUUGUGCACUGUACUGAGAGAUUGUUAAACACCAAGUGGUUUGGAAAUAAAAUGAAAUGAAAUAAAAGACCCCUCUCUGCCUGAGACUCUCAGCCAGGGAAAGAAGGCUGGUUGCAGGGCUCAGUUGCAAAAACAGCCUUGGCUGUCAUGUGGCUGCUUGCUGUGUUUGUGGGCCACGUGGCUCUGUGGGCCUCUCCACCAUGUCGCCCUCCUUCCCCACCCCGUCAGCUGCUUCCUGUUAUCUCCACCGCCUUCCGUGCUUCUGUUUCCCUUCAGCUGUUUGCAAGAGAUUAUCAAACAUUUUAGAAACCUGAGCAUGGGAACGGCUGACAGUGCAUGGCGUUUGUGUGCGUCAGGCGCAGCUACUUGAGAAAUACACUGCUGUGCUUCACGCAUCUUGGCUGUUGGAAAACAGGGGUGGGAUGUGUACCUUGUCAACCGCAGAUGGCCCCCCCCCAGACUAAAUUCAUGUGGCCCUCAGCUUUAUUUUACGCAGGUGACGAGGAGGGGGG